AUGAGAAUAGUUGGUUUAACAGGAGGCAUAGCGUCUGGGAAGAGUACAGUCUCUAACCUCUUCAAGGCUAAUGGCAUUCCCGUUGUUGACGCUGAUGUUGUUGCUCGCAAUGUAUUGAAGAAAGGAAGUGGUGGAUGGAAAAGAGUAGUUGCAGCUUUUGGGGAAGAGAUUCUGCUUCCUAGUAGAGAAGUGGAUCGGCCAAAACUCGGUCAGGUGGUGUUCUCUUCUGAUUCGAAGCGCCAAUUACUGAACAAGCUAAUGGCUCCAUAUAUAUCAACUGGUAUUUUUAUGGAGAUCCUUAAACAAUGGGCAAAAGGAGCUAAAGUGAUAGUUGUCGAUAUCCCAUUGUUGUUCGAAGUAAAGAUGGAUAAAUGGACAAAACCCAUUGUUGUUGUGUAUGUCAAUGAAGAAACACAGCUCAAGAGACUGAUGGAGAGAGAUGGACUGAGUGAGGAAGAUGCAAGAAACAGAGUGAUGGCUCAGAUGUCGUUGGAUUUGAAAAGAAGCAAAGCUGAUAUUGUGAUUGAUAACAAUGGCGGUCUUAACGAUCUUAACCAACAGUUCAACAAGGUUUUGUCUGAAAUCAGAAGACCCUUGACGUGGACUGAGUUUUGGCGUUCAAGACAAGGAGCCUUCUCGGUUCUUGGUUUGGUGACUUCAGGUUUCUUUGUUUGCAAACAGCUCAAUAUUAACACUUAG